CAAUUCAAGUUAGAAGCAGUCACACCUUGUUGUUAUCUAGAUAAAGGACAAGCCAAACUCGCGGCAUUUACAACCCGAGUAGAACUUUGAGGUCACUGAGAAGGGGCUACAGAGACAAAAUGGCAUCCAAGUUGAUCAAUGCUACAGCGUCACAACAGACGGCCUUGAAGGGUAUAGUACGCAAUAGUAGCUAUGUUAUACCUGGCCUAUACGACCUAAGUACAGAGGACACCAAUUGGGUGUUAACAUCAUCAUUUAUAAUAUUCACCAUGCAAACUGGUUUUGGCAUGUUGGAAUCCGGCUGUGUUUCCAUUAAAAAUGAAGUGAAUAUUAUGAUGAAGAAUGUCAUUGAUAUUGUUUUGGGUGGCUUCACCUAUUGGCUGUUUGGCUAUGGCAUGAGUUAUGGACGUGGUCCUUUGUCGAAUCCUUUCAUUGCCAUUGGAGAUUUUCUCUUGGAUCCACCCGUUGAUGAUCCCCUAAUGGGUCAGAUUUUCGCUGCAUUUUUGUUUCAGCUUUCCUUUGCUACCACAUCGACAACUAUAGUCAGCGGAGCUAUGGCGGAGAGAUGUAACUUCAAGGCAUAUUGCCUGUUUUCAUUAUUAAACACCGUAAUAUAUUGCAUACCAAGCGGUUGGGUAUGGGGUGAACAUGGAUUUCUCAACAAUUUAGGAGCAGUGGAUAUAGCCGGUAGCGGGCCAGUGCAUUUAAUAGGUGGAACUGCUGCAUUUGCUUCGGCUGCCAUGUUGGGACCGCGUUUAGGUCGCUAUGCUGAUGGGUAUGAUCCCUUGCCCUUGGGCAAUCCAGUGAAUGCUUGCAUGGGAUUAUUUGUGCUAUGGUGGGGCUGGUUGGCCUUCAAUUCGGGCAGUACUUAUGGUGUUAGUGGUGCCAAGUGGCAAUAUGCAGCUAGAGCUGCUGUUAUGACCAUGAUGGGUUCCUUUGGAGGUGGCAUAAUAUGUACCAUAUAUUCUCUGUGGCGCCAUGAUGGACGUUUGGAUAUUAUAGAUCUAAUAAAUGGAGUCUUGGGCUCGUUGGUCUCAAUAACUGCGGGCUGUUUUCUGUAUAGAGCCUGGGAGGCAUUGCUUAUUGGUAUGUUGGGCGCUUUGCUAUGUGUCUUGGCCAUGCCCCUAUUCGAUCGUAUGGGCGUUGAUGAUCCCGUGGGCGCUAGCGCUGUGCAUGGAGUGUGCGGCAUAUGGGGCGUCAUUGCUGUGGGUCUAUUUGCCGAUAAUCCCAUUCCCCUCGAUACUACCAAGGGUCGUUCGGGCCUUUUCAAAGGUGGCGGCUGGUAUUUACUGGGCAUACAAUGUCUUUCAGCCCUGUGCUUGACAUGUUGGGGCAUAUGUUCAACAUUUCUGCUUCUUUAUAUUGUCAAUAAAAUCGUUCCCAUACGCAUGGAUCCCAAUGAGGAGUUAUUGGGUGCCGAUUUAAUGGAACAUCGCAUUCGCCACUCACAAAUCGGUUUAUCACGAGCCAUAUCUGCCUUGGCACCGCUUAAAGUUGACCUUAACGAAGUAGCUGGAGUACAACCAAUCGGUUUAAAUCCAGGUCAUGAAAAAUCGCUGGCCCAAUUACGAGCUGCCGAAGAUAAACUGCAACAAUGGCAAACUUAUCUACAUCAAAAGGGACCAGCAGGUAAAAAUACGUCAAAAAAUGAUGAUAACUUCGAUAUGAGCAGUGGUUAUAAGUCACCUCUGAAGGCUAGAGAAAGUCUGGGCAAUGUUUUUAGCCGGAAAUUUAAAACCGUUCACAUUAACACUCAACAAGCGGCAAAUAUAGUGGCGGAUGGUGAUGGUUAUUACAAGCCAAAUAAUAAGGAAUUACCCAUAAUAUCAAAUAAAGAUAUAAACAACAAAGAUAAGGAUACUAAUUUUGCCUGGUUAGAUUAAUGAUCCAAAACAACAACAAAAAAUAAAUAAAUAAUUUAGGCAGCA